UCUGAACCAAGCCGCCUUCAAGAAGCAACAAAGUUGCCUAACCUGCAAGAAGCAACAAAGUUGCCUGACCCUCAAGAAGGAACAAAGUUGCCUGACCCUCACGAAGCAACAAAGUUGCCUGACCCUCAAGAAGCAACAAAGUUGCCUGACCCUCACGAAGCAAUAAAGUUGCCUGACCCUCACGAAGCAAUAAAGUUGCCUGACCCUCACGAAGCAACAGAGUUGCCUGGUCCGCAAGAAGCAACAAAGUUGCCUGCAAAUCUGGGCGCAAAAAGAUCACCGAGGAAAAGCGCUGCACCAAAGAAAACGUACAAUACCCGUCUGGCAAGUCGAGGGGUAAAGAAGACACAGUCCACCGCACACAAAGACAAGCCGAGUGUGAAUAGUCGCGUACACACUGCUGGAGGUAAAGAUAGUGCCUACAGGCUCGAUGAUUCCACAACGUGGUUGCACGUAAAAGAGCCAACACUCCUUCCGAGGCGAUACACCGACGGGCAACUAAGAACUUUUGUGCGGAAUCUUAGCGCAAACACAGGGCGUCCCAUAGACGAAGCAUGGCAGUUAAUGUACCAAACUUCCUGGUCGGUAAAAGUCAGUUACAAAUACUUGAAAGCUGCCGGGGGCGAGUCUGAUGCGGCAUGGGAGCGGUGUUACAGGAAAUAUGCGAAUUACCGUUGGGACCGAGAUGCUGACGAUAUGCUAUCGACAGAUGAAGGCAGACGGAUACAAGAAAAGAAACGCGGCCUUGCUCUUGUCGAUCGUAGACGGCAUUUCCUUGAUCGAAAACAUAACUACAUGAGUAUAGAGUGGCAAUAAAUAUUUUCCAAAUA